AUGAUUAAGCAAAUCCUCGGCCGGCUUCCCAAGAAGCCGGCCAAGUCCGGCGAGAAGGAGCUAGCCGGCGCGGGCCCGUCUCUGCCCAGCCCGACGUCCGAUGCGAGGACCACCACCGAUUUGACCAUGUCUAGCAGGCUCGUCAAUCCCAGCAAUUACGCCUCCACGGCCACAAAUCCAGGCCAGAGCGACGCGGCCAGGGCCGGCGGCCUCGGCGCCGGCGUCAGCAACGGGUUCGUGGCCUCAUCAGCAGGGUACGAGGCGCUGCCGAGCUUCAGGGACGUGCCAGCGUCCGAGAAGCCCGGGCUGUUCCUCAGGAAGCUGGCCAUGUGCUGCGUGGUGUUUGACUUCGUGGACCCGACCAAGGACGUGCGGGAGAAGGAGGUCAAGAGGCAGACGCUGCUUGAGCUGGUGGAUUACAUCACCUCGGCCACGGGCAAGUUCCCGGAGCACGUCGUGCAGGAGGUCAUCAGGAUGGUGUCUGUGAAUCUGUUCAGGGUGCCGACCCCUGCCCCGAGAGAGAACAAGGCGCUCGAGUCGUUCGAUAUGGAGGAGGAAGAGCCCGUCAUGGACCCGGCAUGGCCGCACUUGCAGAUUGUGUAUGAGCUGUUCUUGAGGUUUAUUCAGUCUCCCGAGACGGACGCGAAGCUGGCCAAGAGAUACAUUGACCACGGUUUCAUUAUCAAGCUUCUUGAUCUCUUUGACUCGGAGGAUCCUAGGGAGAGGGAGUACUUGAAGACGAUCCUUCACAGGAUAUAUGGCAAGUUCAUGGUGCACCGCCCAUUCAUCAGGAAGGCGAUUAAUAAUAUCUUCUACAGGUUUAUAUUUGAGACAGAGAAGCAUAAUGGUAUCGCAGAGCUGUUAGAGAUUUUGGGGAGUAUAAUUAAUGGAUUUGCUUUGCCGCUCAAGGAAGAGCACAAAUUGUUUUUGGUCCGAGCACUGAUUCCGCUCCACAAACCGAAAUGUGUUGCCAUGUACCUUCAGCAACUGUCGUACUGUGUAACUCAGUUUGUUGAGAAAGAUUGCAAGCUUGCUGAUACUGUCAUAAGGGGUUUACUCAAGUUUUGGCCCAUCACAAAUAGCUCAAAGGAGGUGAUGUUUUUGGGUGAGCUGGAGGAGGUGCUGGAAGCUACACAGCCAGCAGAGUUCCAGAGGUGUAUGGUGCCACUUUUUCGUCAGAUCGCCCGCUGUUUAAGCAGUUCUCACUUUCAGGUGGCAGAGAGGGCUCUCUUUCUAUGGAACAACGAUCAUAUUGAGGGUUUGAUCAAACAGAACAGUAAGGUUAUACUGCCCGUAAUCUUUCCAGCGUUAGAACGAAAUACGAAAGGCCACUGGAAUCAGGCAGUUCAAAGCUUGAGUCUAAAUGUUCGCAAAAUAUUCAUGGACCAUGACCCAACACUGUUUGAGGAGUGUCGCAAGAAGUUUGAGGAAGAGGAAGCUCAAGAAGCUGGCGUGAGAUCAAAUGAGCGGGGCCAGGUACGUCUAAGAAAUGGUGAUAAGCAAGCUCCCCGUACCACUAUCGAUUGUCCACUGCCAGAUCCAAUUACUGUGAAGAAGCCAGAAGCACAAGAACCAUGGCGAAGAUCGGAAAUAGGACAGCAGGGGAUGAUAUGGAUUUGGAGGCCAUUGCUGGAUGCCCUUAAUGAAACUGCUAAUCUGAAUGGGUUCGUGCCUUCAAGCAUCUCCGCACACAGCCCCUAUUUAUAG